CUCCCUCCCUUCCGCUGCAUUGUUUCAGUUCUCGGUGAAGGGAUUGAAAGGCACCGCGUGUGAAACUGGAACAACAGAUGCUGUGGAAUAACACUGACACCGGGUAGAGGUGUGCGCGGGCACCACCCGUCAGCGCGGGGACAGGAUGUGAUGUCACGUCACAGCGGUAGCGGCUCCCGGGUCCAGCUUUGUGCUCGCGAGCGGGGGCCCGACUCCCCGACUCCAGGGUCAGGACAUGUUUGAAGUCAAACCCCGGCGGGCGGUGGAGAAGAAGGAGUCGAGCACGGAGACAGACGAGGGUCUGGGCAGCAGCGGCGGCGGCGGGAAGCGCUUCGGCUCGCUGGGCUCCGGCUCGGCCGACUCCGGCUCCGUCUACCUGUCGGACAGCCAGGACUGGGCGGUGUCGCCCGGCUGCUCCCCGGAGGAGGGCCCCGCGCCGCACAGCGUCAUCUCCCCGGUGCUGGCCGAGGAGGCCUUCCGCUACAUGACGUACCUUGCCUUGGAGCCCUCUUCCUAUUCCCCCCCCGACUCUCAGGGCCUCUCCAAAGUCCUCAGUGCGGAUCGCGUGGAGCAGAUGACCAAGACUUACAAUGACAUCGAAGUGGUCUCGCACCUCUUGGCGGAGCGGGACAGAGACUUGGAGCUGGCCGCUCGGAUCGGUCAGUCCCUCCUGCAGAGGAACCACCUGCUGCAGGAACGCAAUGAGGCCUUGGAGGAGCAGCUGGCCCAGGCCCAGGACCAGGUCCACCAGGUGCAGCAUGAGCUCGGCAAGAAGGACGAGUUGCUGCACAUGGUGGCCAGCAUCUCGGAGGAGAGCGAGACCGACUCCAGCGCGUCCACGCCGCUGCGGCAGCCCUGGCCGCCGGGGGGUCACACGGCCGCCGCCGCCGCCGCCCUCGGCCAGCUGGAGUGUCUGCAGAGCAAGCUGCAGGAUCUGGAGGAGGAGAACCUGUCGCUGAGGUCCGAGGGAUUUCAACUGAAGAGCGACACCGUCACCUACGAGGAGAAGGAGCAGCGGCUCGUCAUCGACUGCGUCAAGGAGCUCCGAGAGUCCAACGGCCAGAUGGUGUCCCUGACGGGCGAGCUGUCCCAGAAGAACGAGGAGUUGCUCAGACACCAGGAGGAGAUCUCUCAGCUGCUCUCCCAGAUCGUAGAGCUGCAACGCAGAGUGAAGGAGCUGGCUCUGGAGAAAGAGGAGCUGAGGAUCCACCUGCAGGCGUCCAAAGAAGCUCAGCGGCAGCUCACAGCAGAGCUAGACGAGUUGGCGGACAGGAAUGUGGAGUGUGUAGAGAUGCUCCACGAGUCCCAGGAGGAGAUCAAGGAGCUCCGCAGUAGAAACGCCCCUGCUGGCAUGCACCGGCACCUCUCCCACGGCCUCUACCCCAUGGACUCCCUGGCAGCAGAGAUCGAGGGCACCAUGAGGAAAGAACUGAGUGUGGAGGAGGAGAUCGCCACUCAGGACCAAAGGGUGUCCCAGAAGCGAGUCUUCCAAACGGUCCGCUCCAUCAACGCCUCGGCGCCGUCACGGCCCGCCUCGGCCACGCCCCCCAUCCCCGGCUCGGGCCAGAGCUCUCUGGUGAUGACCGCGCAGCCCUUCACAUCCAAUCAGGGGGAGGAGGUGCCGAUGGGCCAGCCCGGCUAUCCGGGAGGAACCGACCUGACCCGGGCCCUCCACCGGCUGUCGCUGCGGCGGCAGAACUUCCUCUGCGAGCGGCGGUUCUUCCAGGCGGAGCGCGAGAAGAAGCUGCGGUCCCUGGAGGGUCCGGAGGGCGACGGGGGGGGCAGCGGCUGCAGCAGCUCGCCGGCGGCGGGCAGCGCGGCGUCCUCCUGCUCCAACCUGUCGGAGCUCUCCUUCGGCGGCGGCAUCUUCAGAACCUUCCUGCCCGAGAAGCUGCAGAUCGUCAAGCCCAUGGAAGGGUCCCUGACGCUGCAUCACUGGCAGCAACUGGCCAAACCCCACCUGGGCACCAUCCUGGACCCCCACCCCGGGGUGGUGACCAAAGGUUUCCGCCCACUGGCCCAGGACGCCGUGUACUGCCUCUCUGACAUGGAGGAGGACGAGGAGCGCGGCGGCGUCCUGGAGAAGGGGGCGGCGGAGCGCGGCAAAGAGGAGGAGGAGGAGGAGGAGGAGGAGGGGGGCGGGAUCACCUUCAAGGUGCGCUUCACAUCCACGCCGGAGGAGAGGAGGGAGAGGAAGCACUUGGCCCCGCCCCUCCCCCCCACCCUGCCCGCUUCACCCGGGACGCCUGCCGCCUGCCCCUCGGUCACCGAGAAACCCCCUCGUGCCGGCCCGACCGUCGUCCAAUCACAGAGUCCGAUUCUUCUCGUCUCCACGUCUUCUCCCGUCCAAAAUCCAGGGAAGUGCCAGAGCUCCACCUUCUCCACCUACACCAUCACGACGUGUAGCAUCCUGCACCCGAGCGACGUCACACAGGUGACCUCCAGCUCUCAGGCGUCCCUCAUGUCCAACACGCCCAGCUCCAUGAGGACCGGUCCCAGCACCCCGGUGACGCCGUGCCGACUCAGCCUGGGCGACUCCUUCCCCUGGCGACGCCCCUGUGUGCCCGCCGGCGGCCUGGCCCAGCUGGUCCUGGAGAGGGGCAUCUCCGCACAGGUCUCCGCCGAAGCCCCGCCUCCGUCCCCCAAAACCGCACCCCGGCAGCCGCUGUUCCGCCUCCUCCCCGGCACCCCCCCGAACUCCCCCACCCUCCCGCGGGCCCCCUCCUCCCCGGCGGCCCCGGAGGCGCGCAAGCAGACGGCCGACAACUUCCUGGCGUCGCGGCCCGCGGAGCUCUUCCUCCAGGACGUGUACGGGUUGAACCUGGGCCGCGCCCCUCACCCCGACCUGCCGAGUCCCUCGCGGGAAACCGCGCCCCGCGUCCCGUCUGCCAAGCACGACCUCGGCUUGGUGGAGCGGCUGCGGCGGCUCGGCUUCUCCAAGGUGCUCCGGAGCGCCGAGUCCGAGGCGCCGCGCCAGGAGUCCGCCACGUUCGUGGCGGCGGGCGGCGGGAGCCUCCUGGACGGCCUGAGGCGCAACCAGAGCCUCCCGGCCAUGAUCGGCGCCCGAGCGGGGAGGUCAGCCGGCAACCCGCCGCCGCCCCCCCACCCCACCUCCCUGGCCCUCUCGCCGCCACCCUGGGGAAACCCGGCAGAGCGGCGGCGUCUCGCCUCCGUCCCCCACGCCCCGUCGAGUUCGACGAAGCGCUGAGGGGGGGACGAGGAGGCGGCUGGACCACGAGAGGUAGACACGCCCACCUCUCUUUUACAACCCCCCUCCUUUUUAAAGCACAACAAACGAGGAAUGGACCAUUUACGCUCCGUUGCCGUGCCGACGCUCGCCACGACGCUAGUAGAGUGGGUCGCCCGGCGGUUCUGUAGGUGCCGGAUGCUCAGGUGCAGGGAUGGGAGGGGGAGGUAAGCGGUUAACGAGUACGUGGACGAAGGUUUGCGGAUGUAGAGGAGUGGAGGUGGAGUUAUGACGAAGGAGUCGGAAGGGAAAGUAAGUGAAAGAGAGAGAGAGAGGCUGAGCAUCCGGGCUGCUCCGAGGGUUCUGGAGCGGGUCAGAAGAGCUUCAGGCUGUAAUGAAAUCGUAUCGCGCUACAACCAUACCUACAAGUAAAGCCUGCACCUGGGAGGGGCCGUGGGGCCGUGUGUGUGUGUGUGUGUGUAUACAUCAGUUGCACUCAAGGUUGUUUUCAUUUUGAGGAUCACCGAUUGGUUUAAAACAUUUCACCCUUGGUUGUUUUUUUGUUUUUCUAAAGAGAGAAUUUUGAUUCCGUCCAGUGAGACAUUGGAGUCGAGUUAAAGGAGGAAAGCGCUUCACACUUUAUUUAGUUGUAGAUCACAUUGUUGAUAUGGUUCACACACUGGCCAGCAGGGGGCAGUGUUCCUGCAGCAGAGCAUAACGACAGUUCAUCCAAAUGACUUGUUUAUAUCCUGUAAUUUCAGCUUUUAGAUGACGUCAUCCCACCAGACCUCCCGGUCCGCCAUCGCACUUUAACUUUUUGUGUCUAACCUUUUGUUUUAGUGACACAACUAUUCAAAGUAUACAUAUAAUAAUAAUAAACACAUGAGAACACUGUAAAAACCGUGGCUAACAUU